UUGGUAGGGCCUCUCAGCCCGGGAGCGUUUCGAUACCGAUUCAUGCGGGAACUGAGUCUUGUUGGGGGAACGGGGCGAAGAGAAGUGCAGGCAGAGAGGAUCCGUCAGGCAGCAGCCCUGCUGGAGAACUGGAAAGGGGAUGAAUGGAGGGUAUCCUGGCAGGUAUCCAGUUCCAUGUCAUCGCGGCUGUCGCAGGCAGCGUGUGGGCCGGACCGACUGGAUUAGCCGCGCGGCUGAGCGGCGGCCCACGAAGGAGGAGCCAAGCGAUUCAUUCAUUCAACUCCCUCCUCCGCUGCUGCUCGCUCCUUCUCGCCCCAAAAAGAUCGCCAGGUCGCUCCAGCAGCGUCGGUCUUCCCUGAUAGUACUAGUACUUCUUCUCCUGCGUCCGAAUCCCGGCUUGAGUCCAAGUCGAGGGUCCUUUUCCCUCCCCAGCCUCCCGCUGGUUCUUAUUGCAGACUUCUUUCUCUUCACCUUCCCUCCUGCCUGUCUCUGCCUCCAUCUGCCCACCCACACCCGCUGGCUCCUGAUCAACCGGUCGCCUGCAUCCCACACACACCCCCCCCCCGGACCUGACGUCGAGGCAGCUUUCCCUAUGGCGAAUUACGUUUUCCAGAGAUGUACCGUCUUUCUUUUUGGGCUUGUGUGAAGUGGGAUCUUUGAGUGGCUUUUCUAUCGAUUCAAGUCUCCUCGGUUUCGUCCUCCUCAAAACCUGAACGAGCCGAGUCAGUCUCUCUCGUCGGGGUU